AUGGUUGAUAAUGCUCCUACAAAUGAUGGUGUAGUAGAUUGGACGAAGAAAUAUGGGUCUAAACAUGUGUUGGGUGGCAAUUAUCUCCGUGUUGGGGGCUUUGCUUAUUUCUUAAAUCUAGUUGUGAAACAAGGCCUACAAAAGUGUGUUAAAUCAAUUGAAAAAACUAGUAAUGCGGUGAAGUAUGUGAGAUCAUCUCUUAAGAGACAAUCCAAGUUCUUGGAUUGUGCAAAACAACUUGGAGUUAUGAUUACUAAAUCUGUGUGUCUUGAUGUGGUGACACAAUGGAACUCCACUUAUUUGAUGUUGGAAGUUGCUGUGGAGUAUGAGCUAGUAUUUGAUUGCCUAUAUCAUGAAGAUUUAGGUUACCAUGGCUCUUUUCUCACUACAAAUGUUCUUGGUUCUCCUGGUUUCAAUGAUUGGGAGAAUGCUAGGAAGCUUAUCCCUUUUUUAAAGCUUUUUUAUGAUGGCACUACAACAUUAUCUGGUAGUACUUAUGUCACAAUCAAUAACUACUUCUUUUGGAUUCAAGCUAUCAGAGAUUAUUUGAAAGAAGCUCAGACGAGCAAUUACAAAGUACUUUCUGAAGUGGUAGUUGAUAUGAUGAGCAAAUAUGAUCAAUAUUUUGGAAAUAUUUCAAAGGUCAAUAUGCUAGUUUAUAUUGCUCUAGUUCUUGAUCCAAGAAAAACUCCAGAAUCACAAUCACAUGUUGCACAUUCAUCUCAGAGAAGUAAUACAAAUCCAUCCUCAUCAUCAUAA